UCCUGUUCAAUGGAAGGCGAAUUGUGGUAGAUCAUGUGGGAACAUCAGCAUUCCAUUUCCAUUUGGCCUAGAAGAAGGCUGCUAUGCGAGGAAGCAAUUUCAGCUCCAUUGCAUCGACAUGAGAUCCUCCAGACUUGAGCUUGUUAGUAUGUACACCGAAAUACGGCAGAUCAAUAUCAACGAAGGGACAAUUGAAACAAUAAAUAGGGAUGAAUUUUCGUAUGGAGGAACGCAAAGUAUCUACGCCGGUUCAAUAAGCACUCAAGAAUUACAAUGGGUCGUAGCCAAUCUUAGCUGCCAAGAGGCGCAAGAGGAUAGCACUACAUAUGCAUGCGUCAGUGCUGAGAGUACUUGCUUGGGUGUCAGAUUAAGAAAUGGUCGUUCUUAUCUUGGCUAUCGAUGCAGAUGCAUGACUGGAUUUCACGGAAACCCGUAUGUCCGGAACGGUUGCCAAGAUAUCAAUGAGUGUGAAACUAUACCGGGCAUUUGUAAAGGAUUGUGCCAUAAUACUAUAGGAGCUUUCAAUUGCACAAAAUGUCCUCAUAAAACAGAGUAUGAUGCCACAAAAAUGGGGUGCACUCCAACGAGCAGGCAAAAAAGUCUUCUGCUAGGUAUCAUGAUCGGCCUUGGUGUUGGUUUUGGUGUUCCUCUUCUGGGCUUAAGUGCUGUAUUUAUUGUCCUUAAGUGGAAAAGAGAUGAGCAAAAGAAACAACGCAGGAAAUAUUUCCGGGACAACCACGGUAUUCUCCUAGAACAAUUAAUAUCAUUGGACGAAAAUACCAGUGACAAGACAAAAAUAUUCUCCUUAGAAGAUUUAGAAAAGGCAACACAUAACUUUGAUCAAACGCGUAUCCUGGGUCGUGGAGGACAUGGCACAGUAUACAAAGGCAUCUUAGCUGAUCAGCGAGUGGUGGCCAUAAAAAGUUCUAAGGCUAUCAAACAAAGUGAAAUCGACCAGUUCAUUAAUGAGGUGAUUAUUCUUUCACAUAUAAACCACCGAAAUAUCGUAAGACUAUUCGGAUGCUGCCUUGAAACCAAGGUCCCAUUGCUGGUAUAUGAUUUUGUUCCCAAUGGUUCAUUAUAUGAUAUUCUUCAUUCAAGUUCAGAUAGCAAUUUCUCUUUGUCAUGGGAUGAGUGCCUAAGAAUUGCCCUAGAAGUAGCAGGCGCUCUCUGCUAUCUCCACUCUGCAGCUUCUGUAUUGGUUUUCCAUCGUGAUGUCAAGUCAUCUAAUAUACUCCUUGAUGCAAACUACACUGCUAAAGUUUCAGAUUUUGGAGCUUCAAGGGUAGUUCCUAUUGACCAGACCCAUGUUCACACAAAUGUACAAGGGACAUUUGGUUAUUUAGAUCCAGAGUAUUACCGAACUGGACAACUGAAUCAAAAGAGUGACGUGUAUAGUUUUGGUGUUGUACUUGUUGAGUUGCUUAUCAGAAAGGAGCCCAUUUUUACUACUCAGUCAGGCUCAAAACAGAACUUGUCAAGUUACUUUCUCUGCGAGCUGAAGUCAAGGCCAAUAAAAGAGAUAGUUACUGCACAAAUUCGUGAAGAAGCAACUGAGGAAGAAAUCAACAGUGUUGCACACCUUGCAGAGAUGUGUCUAAGGCUCCAAGGUGAAGAGAGACCUACUAUGAAGCAAGUGGAGAUGACAUUGCACACUUUGCAUGCGAAAAGGUCAAAGCUAUCCCGAGUUGCUCAAGGAGAUGAUCAAGAGAUACAGCAGUUGCUGUCUUCUAGAGAUAAUGCUGCUCCUCUCGCUGGCUGUAGCCUAGACCAACUAAGCCGAAGAUGCUACAGCUUGGAGCAAGAGUUCAUAUUAUCUGCCGAGGUACCCCGGUGAAGUCUCCCAUGAUCCUACUCCUACAUAUGAACAUCCUAGAUUUCCCAUGAAGGUCAGGAGGUGAUUAGUUCUACCUAUCAGCUUACCAUCUCUUAGUAU